UUAAAAUUUAAGCAAAAUUUUGUGAGAAGUUUAAACAACUUUGAAAUAUUGAUUAUACAUAAUCCAAGCAAAAUCAUGAGUAAUACUUCCGGAGGUCCAGAUUUUGUCAAGAAGCUCUUCAAAAUGCUGGAGGAUGAAUCUUAUAGUGAUAUUGUAUCAUGGGGAAUAAAUGGAGACAGUUUUGUGGUUAAGGAAAUUGACGCAUUUACGAAAACAAUUUUACCUCGACAUUUCAAACAUUCAAACUUUGCAAGUUUCGUUCGGCAGCUUAAUAAAUAUGAUUUUCAUAAAAUCAGGAAUUCUGACGACUCAAAUUCGCCAUAUGGAGAACAGGCUUGGGAAUUCCAUCAUCCAAAAUUUCAAUGUGACAAAAGAGAUCAAUUAGACAAUAUUAAGAGGAAGACGCCAGCUAAUCAGAAAAAACUAGUAUCCAACACUGUUAACGAUAUUUCAAAUAUGACACAUAUAACUGAACUCCAAUCUCAAGUUAAUAAUUUAACUAAAUUGCAAACGAAUAUGAAUGAUCAUUUACAUGCUUUAAGCAAGAAUUAUCAUUCGGUAAUCCAAGAUUUGAUAAAUUUCCAAAAAAAUAUGAUUGCGCAAGAUCAGUUAAUGCAGAAUUUGGUGCAAUACUUGGUGAAUUUGGAAGCAGAAAAAUCUGGAAGUUAUAAUAAUGGUCAUCAUUCAAGCACGUCCGGCGAGAACAUGACGACUCCAUUUAUUCCUUCAGAUCAAGCUCAAAAACUUAUUAACUCAUACACUGAAGUUGCCCGUGCUUCUUUUGAUCAGAUGAAUGAGAUUUCUCGUCGAGCACAAUCAAUACAUCAUAUUGCAAACAGCGAAAUGAACAAUUCCGGUUCAUCCUUGUCAGAUUCUAGCGCAAUUACGUCGAAUGAACCUUUAGAAUUAUUGACAUUACGAUCAAAUCUUUCUGAUGACAAUAUUGGAAAUAUAAACACUUCUGCUUCAUCAGAAUCAGUAUCGCCGAAAAAUUAUAUUUCUCCCCAAUCGAUUUCAGUUGCAUCUCAGUCUGCAGAAACAAUUAACAUAUCGAAUGAAUAUUCACAAAAUAUCUCUGACACAAUGAUAAAUUUGCAACCUUCAGAUAACGGUCUUACUGUGCUUACUGUGGGUCACUUAACACCGAGACAGUCACAAUCGUCUCCAUUACCUAUUGCUAUUUCAAAUAAUAAUGGUAAUUCUAGUAUUCCACAUAUUGAUAAUACCUCUCCGCAGAGAGCCUCAAAUACUAUGCGUGUUCACCGCAGUACUUUUGUGCCAGCAUGGUCUGUCCCUCCUAAAGUUCUUCUUGUUGAUGACGAUGCCGUCUAUCAAAAUAUCGGUUCUAAGUUUUUACAAGUUUUUGGUUGCGCUAUUGAUAUCGCUGUUGAUGGAAUAAGUGCUGUUAAUAAAAUGAAUUUCGAAAAAUAUGAUCUUGUUUUAAUGGAUAUUGUAUUGCCAAAUUUAGAUGGUGUUGAAGCAACGACUCGGAUAAGAAGAUUUGAUCCUAACACUCCUAUUAUAAGUAUGACUUCUAACACAACUAAGCAAGAAUGUAUUAAAUAUCUUUCUCAUGGAAUGAACGACAUUCUUGCCAAACCAUUCACAAAAGCGAAUCUUUUAUCGAUGCUAGAAAGAUAUUGCAUGCAUUUAAAGGUCAUGCCAAAUUUCCAAAAUAUCCCUAGGCCUCUGGGAACUGCUGACCGACCAAUAGCAACUAUACCCAAUAAUAGCUUGAUCUCUUCAGACUUGACUGAUGAUAAUCUUAGUGAAAAUUGGAUAUCAAAUUCAUUAGCUAUGGCUGGAGAUAAUUCAUAUCCUUUUACAGUUUUGAGCGGUGAUGACUAUAUGCAAAUGGUGAGCAAUGUAGUUAACACUUCUAAUAAUGGAACUCGUUAUUUGGAAGGCAAUGAUGAUAAUCAAAAUCAACGGUCUAGAAAGAAGCCAAAGUUUGAAUUGGUUGAAUAAUUAUAAUUAGUCUAAAUUCAGAUUAGCUUCUUUUUUUUUUUUUACUUUAUAUUUGUAAAUAUUUAUACUUUCUUUCUAGGUUUCUUUCCUUUUUUCCUUUCUUUUCUUUACCUUUUUUGACAAAUUAGAUAAUGAUGUUGGGGGUGUCGGGUCUGGCAGAUUAUUUUCAAAUCCGCAGUAUAUAUAUAUCACAUGUAAACCUAAUUUAAACCACAAUUAACGAUAUUUUAUUAUUAUUUUAUUAUUAUUUU